AUACACUUUUCUUUAGAGCCGUUGUACUCCAAAGUUCAAACCAUUUGCAUGCCCACUUCAAUUCCUUCAUCCUUCGUAUGCCCCUCUGCAUACCUCACUCCUUGGGCUCUCAUAUUUGGCGGUAAUGCUUGGUGGGAAAAUAGAAGAAAAAUGGAAAAAAAAAAUUAUGCAGAGAAUGUACCCAAUCUCGACUCGAGAGCGUGGCCAUCACCCAACCGUCACUCGCCCCACGAUUCACUGCGCCCCGCUCCCCAUGACGGGCGUUUACGCCACGCUCUGCUAGGCGCGUGUUCGGAAUGCCCUAAUACCAGUCUGAAGUCAUGAACUCUCUCCCUCUACUCUUCUCGGUUCUGCCCUAGUCUUCAGAGAGAAACAAAGAGUGUGAGAGGGGAAAGGAAAGCUAAAUCCCCAGUCUUCAGGGAGCCCACAAGUGGCAAAGCAAAAGCACGACAACAGAUUAUCAAAUAAGUUCCUUGGCUUGACUUCUAGGGUUUUUUUUUUCCUCCCUUUCUACGUAUCUAAAAUUUAAAUGUGUGAAAAUUCGUAUGAGGUUUUGAUCCAUCGAACCUAUCAACCACAAGGUCAGUGAUUCUCAAUCCGCGGUGUAAUCGAACGCCCAAAUCGAAGGAAAAUACGAUCGAUCGAUACCCAUUUGCUUAUUUCCCUGAUUUUUGUGUAUAAACAUACAAAUAUAUAAGUAUUUGGGGUUCUUGUCAUGCGAUUACCUCAGUUUCCUUCGGUUUCUUCGAAGCAAAGGAAAGAUCAGCGUCUGGGUAGUUCUCGUACUCGUAAGAAGCACAAGAGGCUUGACGCAAUUUGCGAGAAGGCGUAUAAUCAAAACCGUAGGCUCCAAGCUGAGUUGAAUGGGGGUGGUCGUGGUGCUGGAAUUGGGUCUGCUGGUGUCAAUAUGGAGCUUCGGCGGAGCUCAAGGGUUCGCCGGGCGCCAGAUUUGCUCGAUGUAUCACCUCCACCCACAAAGAAGCGACGGAAAAUUGGCAAGAAUGGGGAGAGAUUGACUGCUGGUUCUGAGAGGCUGAAAGGGGAGAGUAGUUCAAAGGGUCUUUCACUUGGUCCGAGUUCAGUGGAUAUGGAAGAAACUAAUGGUUGGAAGUCAAGGUUGAGAGCAAGGGUGAGAAAUGGGAGAUUUGGGAUGGAGAAACGGCAAUCACCACGCGGGAAAAAGAAGCUUUUUGAGGAUUUGGAGGGGUUUGAGGAAGAAUCAAACUUGGAGGAGAGAGAAUUAGACGAGAAAAAAGGCAGUUUGGGCGGUGGGAAGUCGACAGUUGUAAAGUCAAGGAGACCGGGUAGGAUUAAAGCUACAAAUGCCAUGAGGAAUGAGGAUAAAGAGAUUGAAUCAAGUAGUGUUAAAGAGGAUGGCAGUGGGAGGAAUGGAGUGGAAAUGGAAGAAACCACGGAUGAGGGGGGUCCCUUAGUCUUGGAGAGUGUUAGUGGUGGUGAAAAUGAUAGUGAAGCAGAUGAUAGCAAUGACCGACAGUUAUUUAGGAACGAGGACAGUGAAGUACCAAAUCAGUCACUGUCUGAGGAGUGCACUGGUAAUGACAAUGUGGGGAUUAUGGAUAAGGGUGAUCAGGAUUUAGAAGAACUAGAGCGUGCAAGAGGAGAGGAGGAAAGGGGUGGUACAGAAGCUGUUCAAGGUACUUCGAAGCAAGUGGAAGAUGGAGGAUGUCAUGAUGGGAAGGUUAUCACUUUUGCCCGACUUGAUGAAAAAUCUCCAGAAGAUGAGAAUGCCUGGAAGGUGGAAAUGGAUGAUAGUGCUUAUACUGAUAAACUUAGUAAGCAUCACAUAAAAGAGGGGAGAAGAUGCGGUUUGUGUAGAGGAGGGACUGAUGGUAAGCCUCCCAAGAGGUUAGUCCAGGACAUUGGUGAAAGUGAAAAUGAGGCAUGUAGUGGUUCUUCCGUUUCAGAAGAGCCUAACUAUGAUAUAUGGGAUGGAUUUGGUGAUGAACCUGGCUGGCUUGGACGCCUUUUGGGUCCUAUAAAUGACCGUUUUGGUAUUGCUGGAAUCUGGGUUCAUCAACAUUGUGCUGUAUGGAGUCCGGAGGUUUAUUUUGCUGGUUUGGGAUGUUUGAAAAAUGUUAGGGCAGCACUCUGCAGAGGAAGGGUGUUGAAAUGCACUCGCUGUGGGAGGCCAGGAGCAACUAUUGGCUGUCGUGUUGAUAGGUGUCCAAAAACUUAUCACUUGCCUUGUGCACGAGCUAAUGGUUGUCAUUUUGAUCAUCGCAAAUUUCUCAUAGCAUGCACGGAUCAUCGGCAUCUCUUUCAACCACAUGGAAAUAAGUAUUUGGAUCGCAUAAAGAAACUGAAAGCUAGGAAAAUGAAAUUAGAAAUAAGGAAGCUGUCAAAUGAUGCUUGGCGAAAGGAUCUUGAGGCAGAGGAAAAAUGGUUGGAGAACUGUGGUGAGGAUGAAGAGUUCUUAAAACGUGAGAGCAAGAGGCUUCAUCGAGAUUUAAUGAGAAUUGCACCUGUGUACAUUGGAGGCCCAAAUUCCGAAAGUGAAAAAUUAUUUCAGGGUUGGGAAUCUGUUGCUGGGCUUCAAGAUGUUAUCCAAUGUAUGAAGGAGGUUGUUAUUUUACCUCUGUUAUAUCCUGAAUUUUUCAAUAAUUUGGGGCUCACGCCUCCUAGAGGUGUUCUCUUGCACGGAUACCCUGGAACAGGUAAAACUCUAGUAGUGCGGGCAUUAAUUGGUUCAUGUGCCCGCGGAGAUAAACGCAUAGCCUAUUUUGCCCGCAAAGGUGCAGAUUGUUUAGGGAAAUAUGUUGGUGAUGCUGAGCGUCAACUAAGACUUUUGUUUCAGGUUGCUGAGAGGUGUCAACCUUCUAUAAUAUUCUUUGAUGAAAUAGAUGGGUUAGCACCUCGCCGCACGAGGCAGCAAGAUCAGACACAUAGUUCAGUUGUGUCCACCUUGCUUGCUUUGUUGGAUGGCUUAAAAUCUCGAGGUUCAGUUGUGGUCAUUGGUGCAACAAAUAGACCUGAGGCUGUUGAUCCAGCAUUAAGACGGCCAGGGAGAUUUGACAGGGAAAUUUAUUUUCCACUGCCAUCUGUCAAGGACCGAGCUGCUAUUCUUUCACUUCAUACACGAAGGUGGCCAAACCCAGUUACUGGAUCCUUGCUUAAGCAGAUUGCUAGAAAAACUGCAGGCUUUGCUGGUGCCGAUCUGCAGGCUCUGUGCACUCAAGCAGCCAUGAUUGCAUUGAAAAGGAAUUGCCCCUUGCAAGAACUUCUGUGCGCUGCUGGAGAGAAAGCUCAUGAUGCUAAACGCCCUCCUCUCCCCGCCUUUGUGGUGGAGGAAAGAGAUUGGUUAGAGGCUCUUGCCUGUGCUCCUCCUCCGUGCUCUCGUAGAGAAGCAGGAAUGGCUGCAAAUGAUGUAGUAUCCUCUCCUCUUCACACCCAUCUCAUUCCUUGUUUGCUGCGACCACUAUCUUACUUGCUCCUUUCUCUUCAUCUUGAUGAAAAUAUCUCUAUGCCACCGCCUCUUUUUAAAGCUGCAGAAAUGAUUAAAACUGUGAUUCUUUCUGCUUUGGAGAAGAAGAAGAUCCCUAAUUAUCAAUGGUGGUCCCAUGUUCAGGAUUUGCUUCAAGAAGCAGAUGUUGUGGGGGAGAUAGAAAAAAACCUUUCAUAUGUGGGCUUUUUAAUUGGAGGGACUAGCUUAUCCGCUUCUGAUAUUUUAAAUGAUGAUACUGAUGACAACGGUAUGGUCUUUGAACCUUCCAGAGUGCAUCAUGGAGGCACUCGCACUAGUUUGUUGCAAAAUAUAUCUCUAUCAUCAGGAAAGAAAUCAGGGUUUCGGAUAUUGAUUGAUGGAAGUCCUAAAUCUGGCCAGAGGCAUGUUGCUUCUUGCCUUCUCCACUGUUUGGUUGGGAAUGUUGAAAUUCAGAAGGUUGAUCUGGCUUCGAUAUCACAAGAAGGACAUGGAGAUAUGGUGCAAGGGGUUAACCAAAUAUUAAUGAAAUGUGUUAGUGUGGGUUCGUGUAUUGUAUUUAUGCCAAGAAUUGAUCUAUGGGCGGUAGAUCAACUUGCCAAAAAUGAGAAUGAUUCCUGUUCAAUGGGCCACCAGUUAUCUGAGGAGAGCACCUCCUGUUUGACGGACAGUCAAGUUCACAAAUCAGCUGACACGGCGGAACCUGAUGCUGUUUUGAGAGCCUCACAUGCGUGGUGUUCAUUUGUUGAGCAGGUCGAGGUGUUGCAUGUGUCUACAUCCUUGAUUAUUUUGGCUACUUCUGAAAGGCCAUGUCUGGAGCUUCCUCUUGGAGUAAAGCAGUUCUUCCAGACUGAUGUGUUGAAUUGCACUCUUUCAACUUCUUCAGAAUACAUUGUACCCCGAUUCAUUGUGCAGGUUGAUGGGAAUUUUAACCAUAAUAUGGUGAUCAAUUCGUCUGCAACAGAGUUGGCUAGGGAUUUAAUUCAAAUGUUUGUCCACUUGGUUCAUUAUAGAUCUCAUACAAUGGGUUCACAUAAGGAACACAAAGAGUGUGAUGCCAUUCAAGCUGGUCCAGAUGCAUACCAUGGCAUGGAUCAUGGAUUAACUAAUGAACCUGAGAGUAGAAAGCACUGUCCUGAAGAUUCCGUCAUAAAGUUUCCUCUUCCGCUUUGUUAUAGAACUGGAAAAGGGAAAUCAAGCUUGCUGUUGGCAAUAUCUACCUUUGGCUAUCAGAUUCUGCGAUAUCCUCAUUUUGCUGAACUUUGUUGGGUCACAUCCAAAUUGAAAGAAGGCCCGCGUGCAGACAUACAUGGUCCUUGGAAAGGCUGGCCAUUCAAUACUUGUAUUGUUCGUCCAAGCAAAGCAUUAGAUGGGGUAGGUUUAGUUUGUAGCUCCAGCAAUGUUAAAAGUAAAGAGAAAUAUGGUUUGGUUAGGGGCUUAAUUGCAGUUGGUUUAUCAGCAUACAGAGGGGUUUACACUUCACUUACAGAAGUGUCCUCCCAGGUUCGCAAAGUUCUGGAACUACUUGUUGGACAGGUUAAUGCUAAAAUUCAAGCUGGAAAAGAUAGAUGUCAAUUUGUUCGUAUUUUAUCACAGGUGGCUUAUCUAGAAGAUGUGGUUAAUAGCUGGGCAUUCACACUACAGAGUUUAGAGGCUGAUGCUCAAGUGAUAGUGGCAAAUCCAAAGCUGACAUCACUGGGAUCUCCACAUGAUCAUCAGUCUUGCAUGGAUAAUUCGGUUCAAAGCAAGGGAUACAAGCCAACUGCUUCAAAUGGGGGUUCAAAAGAGCUGGGAGAAAAUACUGAGGGAUUGGCUGCUGGAAAUAGUGAAUGUAUUGAUGUAGAUGCAGGAGAUGUCAUUUUUGUUUGUCCUACUUCUGAGGACAGACCUGCAAUUACAGAAGAAGAAUGCCCACAGGAAUUGGGUCAUUCAACCUCUGUUACAUGUCUUCAAAUUUCGUCUACUGAUCUUUUGGGUGGCAAAAGUUUGAACAAGCAGAAUGGGGCUAAUCUUGAGCCAUGUGGGUCAGAAAAUCCUAGAGACUUUGCAGUGCCCCAUGGAAGCUCUGUGCCCUUGAAACAAUCUAAUGGGUUUGCAUUCACAGAAUCAGUUGUUCUUCCUAAGACUGGUAUCUGUAGUUCUAAUGCAUUGGGUGGUGUUAAUGGUGUCUUUAGUUCUGAUAAAUUAGAUGGUGUUAAGUUUUCCACCUCUGGAAAAGUCCCCAACAAACUGGAGGAUGCUGGAGUUCAAGCUAAAGAUGGUAAGCCUUGCCCUGAUGAACGUCAUGUAGAUACCAGCUCCUCAUCAAGUGAAACUAUGAGUCUUUCACCAAAUUCUGGAGUUGAAUGCUUGUACUGUUGUUGCUCUGGAUGCCUAUACACCCUUCAUGGUUUGAUGCAGAAAAUUCUUAUUAAUGAAUGGGAAUUGAAUGGGAACGAUUGGACGGUAGAUGAUGUUCAUGAUGUUGUCACAUCAUUGUCUGCAAAUCUUCUUUCAGAAGUUAGAAAAUUUUAUGUUACUGGAAGUGGCAGUCCGAUUGGUGAAAAUCCAAGACAUGAAAAGCAUAAAAAAAUGCCUGCACAUCAAGGAGUAAGUGCAUGCGGGUGCAAGCGUUCAGGAAAUAGUAUGAUCGUGCCGAAGGAAUGUGGUUGCCAUGCAAUAAAUCAGAGUUUAGAUUCAAAGUCAAAUCCAUCAUAUAUUCAACAUGGACCUGUUUCAAAAUUCAUCUACAGAAAUGGUGUACUGAUUCCUGUAGAUACUGACAAGGAUGUUCCUUUUCAUUGUAAAUUUGAGACUUUGUGCCUUUGUUCUCUUAUAGAGUGGAUCUUAUUGUCAAGGAAGCCUUUUGAUUGAUGUGAUGUUGGCACAGCUUGGAUUGGCUCAGCCUUGGCAAUGUUUGGUGCUGUUGCGGAGUUUAGGUUUGAACCUUCAAAAAAUGUAAAAAAGUCCAAAUUUUGUCAUCAGAGAUUAGUUUCAGUUCAUGCUAUUCUUCAAUCAGAAACAAUUUGAGGGUGUUAAUUUUCUUUAUCCCUUUAUCCCUAUACUGCCCUAAAAAAUUUUGGGUUGCCCAGGUAGAGCUCAUCUACACAAUGUAAGUAUCAUUUUGAGGUCUUCCCUUUUAUUAAUUUUUUUGGAGUUA